AAUAGACUGUUAACUACGCGUGCAAAAAUCGAUACGGUAACCAAAUUAUUACUUCUGCUAUGGCUUCGGAAAAGAACGCUGGCUCUGAACCAAACAAAAAUAAACGUUUUCCAACCCUUUCUGACGGCGAUAAAAGAAAGAUAAUUAGUGACAGGGAAGCAGUAAAUACGAAAAGAUCCACGGAUGCUUCUAUGAGGAUUUUCAAGUCGUAUCUAGAGGAAAAAGGCUACGAUGAACAGUUUGUUUGGACAGAUUUGUCAGCCUACGAUUUGGAUGAACUUUUGGAACGUUUCUUUUUUGAAGUUCGCACAGCCAGAGGGGAUUUGUACAAAAAGAACAGUUAUAUAUCGAUUAGACAUGGAAUUAACCGAUUUUUAGAGAACAGCGGUAAACAUUCCGACAUUGUCAAUGACGUUCAAUUCAAGAAAUCACAAUUGGCGUUCAAAUCCAUGCUUGCCAAGCUGAAAGAUGAAGGCAAAGGUGGUACGGAUCAUCAUCCACCGUUGGAGACAGCUGACCUUCGCAAACUGUCCUUGUAUCUCACGGAAGACUUGGAAAAUCCAGAAAGAUUACAGGUAAUUAUAACAGUGCAUGUAUAAUUUUAUGAUAUUAUCAUCUCAACUCUGCAUUCAUGUAUUUUAACCAUAUUAUACUAACCUUUUACUAACUGUGUAGGUCAUAUAUGAAUAUGAAAAGCAAAAGAAUAAAACAAAAAAAAGAAUAAAAAAAACCUUCUUGCUUAGGGUGCGAACCCCUCAUCGUACAAAAAAAACGUUACUAAAAUCAAUAUUUACGUCCAUAGCGUUACCGAU